GACGCCCGUGGGCCACAGGCAACAGCCUGGCCAAAACAAAAGCACAACAAAGCACACAGCACAACUCCUGUUGCCCGUCCGGGACGCCAAGCUCGAUUCGAUCCAUUCAGGGCCACCCACACAGCUGCUACAUGCAGGCAAGCUCCUGGCACGAGGCCCCGCCCCGUUCCCCUACUGCGCAGCCAGGCGGGCCCAAGACUGCAAUCUGGAAUCGUCCCAAUUCUUCGACCGGGGGCGCAACACCACCACCGUCCCACCGUACAAGACGCACUCGGCCGCACACGCACACAGACACUCACACACACACACACACACCCCUUACCGCAGACACCAUCUCCAUCCAAAAACCCACCUGCCAACUCACCACGUCAUUGCCCAGGCAGCCCUCGACAGGAACACACACCUACCUGGCUGAACGACGCCGUUUCAGACAAGCAGACAAGAAAAACAUCCCACGCCUUUUCCUCCCCAAUCGCCCUCCGAACCACUCUCGCCCCGCCAGACCCGCAACACAGCCAAUCCGCCAUCCGCCUAUCCCGUCGCGUCCUUGUCUUGUGCUUGGAACCCCGAACCUCGACUGCCCUCCAGAUACACCCACGCCGACCCCGUCCCGGCUCGACCAGUUUGCUGCAAACUGCGCCAGUUGCCUCUGCCAGCCCCAGCCCACGGCUCAAGCCCCAGCCCCGCGCUGCUCUCGCCCAUCAGACACACGAGCCCAGUGCAACCGCUCUCCCAAGAUGUUCAUUAUCUGACACGCCUGCUCGCUUUCCUCUUCGUCUCGUCGCGAUCCCAGACUUCCGGCUCCUCCACUCGUUCCGCGCCAAUCAUGCGAGCACUCGAUGCACCCUGCGACGAUGACCCCACAAGGCAACGAUCCUCCCAGCCGCGGCCGGCCACUCGCUGGACCGAUGUAGAUGCGGUUGUUUACCACAAGAGGAGGAAACCACAUCCGAGGCCUGGAUCCCAUCUCCAAGAUCCUGCGCCGAUGCAUGCCGGCCCAGGCAACACCACCACGGCGCGCUACCCCCGGCGACAAUCGAGCAGGGUCACAAAUCCCAGCUUGCGCUCCCUCGUGUUUCUGUCGCUCUUGUCGCAGCCUGCCGCUGCCGUUCUGCUGAACAAAUUCGACAACUGUCUGGAGGAAUCGAUCAAGGACAGCAACCCUCGCGAGCUGCAAUGGAUUCCCUUGUACGUGGGCGCGACCUUCGAUACCAAGGACAAGAGCCACAACCUCAGGGUCACCGUGUGGGGAAACGUCACGGGCGCCUACAACCCGACUAUGAGCCCGCCAUUACCUCCCUGGAAUAGCGACGAUUGGAACAAUCCGAACAUCACAAAUGGCAAGAUCGUGGCCAACCCUUUCCCGGACAGUGCGAACCCCCGCCUCACCACAUUGCACAGCAAGAUCAACGUCGUGACGUACGAGCCAUACAGGGCCGAUUUCGACUUCUGCAAGGACGCCUUGACCAACUCGUCGUGCCCCUUGGGCCCCGUCUUCAACAACGAAACGGCAAUAGACCCUCUUACUGGUCUUGCUGGCCUGCCGUCCAUCACCAUGUCCAAGGACUUCUAUUCGAGCUACGCUUUCACCUCGUUCUCGCCCACUUUCUCCAUAAUAUAUGGCGACGAUGCGCGGACAACUGUUGGCUGCAUCUCCGCGACCAUAACUCCGGAUCUCGGCAAGCUGACCUGGAUGUUGAAGUUCCUACCCCUGAUGGUCCUCCUCUCGGUCGGGUUUGCUACUGUCUUUGCCAGCAUCUACAGCCCUUGGGGGACGACGGAUAUCUUUCACUGGAGCUCAAACUUUGGGAGACACAAUGAUCUCCUCCGCUUGGUGACCCCAGGAUUCGGGGACUGCCUACAAUACAUCCAGUUCGUGGCUCUGACUGGCGGCCUCACCCUGAAUUAUCCCGGAUUCUUCCAGCCCAUCGUCAGUCAGGCGUCAUGGUCUGCGCUCAUGUUCAACGAGAGCUUUGUGAGCAAAGACCCAGGAUGGCAGAGCUUGAGGGAUGGCAUUUACUUCACCAAUGGUAGCUAUGGCCUCCAGGAUCUCGGCCAGCUGGUCGGCAUGGGAAACGUGGAGGACAUCUGGGCAGGCAUGAUGGUUUGGUUGAUGGGCAUCAUAGCCGGCGUGGCAGUCAUCACUCAGCUGGGGUUUGCCGUGCAAUGGGUCUACCGCUCCGUCAAGAACGUAUCUGAGGAAGACCUUCGCAACAAGAACCUCCCCUUCACCGUCGGCAACGUUGUCAGGAUCCUCUUCAACUUCUUCCUGCUACCUCUCGUCGCAUUGUCCAUGUUUCAACUCGUGGUUGCCUCACAGUCACCGGCGUACACAGUAGCGCUCGCGGUCCUGACCAUCGUCUUGCUGCUCGUCUUUGCCGGUUGGCUUCUGCGCCUCAUCACGACGACCAAACCGCGGUCGGUCCUGUUCGACGAUCUCCCCACCGUCCUUCUUUACGGACCUCUCUACAACACAUACUCCGACGAAGCUGCGGCAUUCGCACUGAUCCCUGUCCUGUUGACGUUUAUCAGAGGUGUCGGUAUUGGUGCCGUACAACCUGCGGGCAUUGCACAGAUCAUUAUUUUGGCAAUCUGCGAGGUUGUGCAGGUGAUCACGCUGCAUGCCUUCAAGCCAUUUUCUUCACCGACGUCGAUGAAUGCGUACCACACUCUCUUCGCCGUGCUACGGUUUACAGUAAUUCUUCUCAUGACCGCAUUCAUCCCACAACUUGGGGUCACGGACGGUCCAAAGGGGUGGAUAGGAUACGUCAUCCUCGUAAUACACAGUGGAGUACUGGUUCUAUGCUUUAUGCUCAACGCUCUGCAGACCAUCAUCGAGGUUAUUGCGAGGCUACUGGGUGCAGGGGGGGACGACAACAAGGGUCUGUCGCAAGGCCCGUUGUCGAGGAUCUUUGGCGCGCGGCAGCUUUCCAGGCGAACCUCGAGACGUGGUGGUCCGUCCAGACAGAGUCAAUUGUCCAGCACCGCAAUGCUGAGUGCAAAAGACCCAGUCCAUGCAGGAUAUAUUGCACCAAGCGGCCGUCUUCGAAGCGAGUCAGCUGGUAGUGUCGGGGUGAUGCUCAACGGCCGGCCUCAGAGAAGCUCAUCCGCCCUUGACGCCACGAGCUUCGAUAACUCGAUGCCGCCUUCUCGUCUGGACGGCGGAACGUCCUUCGCGCCUUCGACACCUGGCGAAGCCAGCACAUACUCUUUCCUCCCAUCUCCCGUGGUUGGGCAGCAGACCCGACACUCGGUGCCGCCGAACGCACUGAUCACAGACAGCCCGGGCGACACGUUUUACCGGCCCCCGAGAAAGCGAGGGAGGACACUUGAAAACCAAUCAUCACAUUCAAGAGCCCGUGGAUCUUGGGGGACUAGUGGCGAGUGGUCUCAAAGGCGGACGAGUCAAAGUGGUGUGGGCCCGCUCGACCCGGUCGAUGCUGACCCUAUCGACCGUGAUCGUGACCGCGGGACACCUGCGACGUAUUCUUUCCCCACGAGAACGGACUAUGCCACUCGCGAAGUGGAUUUCUAUUACGGUGUGCAGCGGGGUUCGAGGCUUAAUUCAGACGCGCCGCAGAGGAAACUGGGCACAGGGCCGGCAGACCCCACCGGAACGGUUGCCACCGCCACCGGCUGGUUCAAGAACAUGUUCAGCGGCAAGAGAAAGGAGAAGGGCAAAGGCUUCGAGGUUGUGCGAAGCUCUCGGAUGCCUCCGGCCAUGCGGUCUGAUCAAGCUUACGAUGAUACAGAUCCUCCUGAAGGGACGCCGGUGGCGAUGGGUGUGCUGAGGAAAGGGCCCAUCGACUCGGAUUCUGACGAGGGCGCGGUCAAGGACCGCGGCACCGCCGCACAUGUUGAUGAGCCUCCACCAAGCGCUCGUUUACUCAAUGACGACGGUGUCAGCAUAGAAGAAGACGUUGCUGAUGAGCCGGGAGAUUUGGUCACUUCUCGAAAUGCACCAGUGCUGCCUGACGUGGAUGCCGGUGGGAGUUUCCACGUACCAAGCCGCGCAGUCUCGAAAACCAGCCACAUCUCGAGGCGGACCGAUGCGGACGGAACGGUGCCUGAUGUCCCCAGGAAAAGUUCCAGGCGCAAAUCCGACCUGAUAAGCGGGUUUAGCCUUGAUCUGGAGUCGUCGCCAAACCGUGGACAACAGCAAGCAAUGUCGUCACGCCUACCUUUCCAUCCAUUGUCGCGAGACGUGUCGGCAGAUAAGAGGACGCCGUCGAUAUCGUCGCUUGGGGACGACGAUGACACGCACCAACAUUCCGGCGAGGAUCGGCUGGGCACCGUGACCCAUGGUAGUAUCAACAGGUUCCCAUCGGAUUCAAGGGGCAAGAUCGAGGGCAGCUCGGCUGAGUUUGUGGACCGGUAACAACGUGCGAUGGAGAUGCAUACAUUUUGAGAAACACAUACUUAUCACAUCACACCUACAUACAUAUCUACCACCCUGCGAUUGCACACGCAGAACCAACCACGCCAGGGCUCGAUCUGGCGCACAUACAUAAUAAGCCAUCGGACACAUCUGUGCUUUUUGUUUUCUCCUUUUCUUUUCUUUUCUUUUCUUUUUCUUUUCUUGGAUCACUGGCAAAGCGGGAGUUGGUUGGGUCGGGUCAAACACGGUCCGGGGCGCUGCUGCCAACAUGCACGGAAGGCGGCAAUAGACUGAUUUUCUUGGGUAACCUCACUUAUUUUGGGGGUUGGCUCGAUUGCUAGCGAUGGCGCAUCAAAAUUUAACCCUCGGGUGCUCUUCUCUUCCUGUGCUCUGUGUUGUACUUUUUGUUGGUGUGAUGUCUCUAGCCAGCUUUUCUCUGUACGGUAAUUUGGCGAGAUACCUACCAUGCGUGUACACUGGGAUGAUGGGUGCUGGUAGCAGCAAGAAGCCAAGGAAGAUGUUUCCAUCCACGCCUAUCCCAAUUUUUUGGUGACCUUUGUGAUGCCAGACCGAACUCCAUGAGUAAAGCCUUCGUCUGGGAAUCAUCUACGCAGGGUAUCAAUGUCUGUCACAGUGGCUGCUCGGGUAUAGACAUACACGUGCAUAGUUGUACGGGAGAGGUGAGAUUCGAAGCUGAAAAUACAUGAUACCGAGGACAUCUGAUUCAUGUAUAUUCCUCACUGACAUUCCACGACCAGAAACAUGGAUAGGUAGUGUAUAGACUGGAAAUUCAGGUUGUUGGAAGACAGUAGUACAGCUUGACACAUAAUUCAGUCUACCUUUGGUGGUG